AUGGCCAGCUUCCAGUACAUGUCACCUUUAUAUCUUGGUGCUCUAGGAGCCGGUGGUGUGGUCUUGUAUCUUGCUUGUUUGGCCAUCUAUCGUCUCCAUCUAAGCCCGAUAGCGAAGUUUCCCGGUCCCAAACUCGCCGCUCUUACGCUAUGGUACGAGUUCUACCACGACGUGGUUCGCGGCGGGCGAUACUGUUUCAAAAUCAACGAGCUCCACGAUCAAUAUGGACCAAUUAUUCGGAUCAACCCAUACGAACUACACGUGCGCGACCCGGAUUUCUAUGAAGUGCUGUACAGCGGACCGGGCCAGAAGCGCGACAAAUGGUGGUGGUCGGUGGAGAUGUUCGGCAACAGUUCGUCGAUGUUCGGAACGGUGUCUCACGACCUUCAUCGGCUUCGUCGAAGUGCUUUGAACCCUUAUUUCUCCAAACAAGCCAUCUCCCGCAUGGAGCCACUGAUUCGUGGCCUGCUGGAGAAGCUGUCGGCGCGAUUCGAGAAACUCAGGGUGACGGGGGAGCCGGUCGAUACGCUUCAAGCAUUCGCUGCAUUGACGACAGACAUUAUCACGAUGUACUCCUUCAACACUUCGUAUGGCUGUGUAGAUGACCCUAACUGGAAGCGUGAAUGGCCCGAUGCCAUGGUGGAAAGCACCACCAGCGCCCAUUUGAACAAACAAUUCAAGUGGUUGUUUCCAGCAAUGCAGGCGACGCCUGAAUGGAUCGUCGAAAAAGUUAACCCGGCUGUGAUGAAUCUGAUCAAUUUUCAAAAGGAUCUAGCACGACAAAUCAGCGACCUGAUGAACGGCGACGCGCAAGGCGAGAAAUCCGAUACGCAUCGAACCAUCUUCCACGAACUGAUCAACGGGGACCUCCCACCACAUGAAAAGUCCUUGCCAAGGUUAGUUGACGAAGGCCAGACAAUGAUCGCAGCAGGACAAGAAACAACGUCGUUCUUCCUGAAGACGACGACAUACCACAUCGUCGCGAACCCGGCAAUCCACGCGAGGCUGAAAGCCGAGCUGAAGGAAGCAAUGCCCAAUACCGCUGUCAUCCCGCCGCUGGCACGCCUGGAGACACUCCCGUAUCUGCACGCCAUCGUGCAAGAAGGCCACCGCUUCUCACACGGCGUGGUCGGCCGCCUGCAGCGUAUCUCGCCCGACGCCCCGAUACAGUACAAAGACUGGUCCAUCCCCGCCGGCACACCGGUGUCCAUGUCCGCAAUCCUGCAGCACCAGGACCCAGAGAGAUUCCCGGAUCCGCUGAAAUUCAAUCCUGACCGUUGGCUAGACAAUUCUUCCCCAGCAGCGGAGAAGUACCUCGUCCCCUUCAGCAAAGGCACGCGGCAGUGCAUGGGCAUCAACUUGGCGACGGCGGAGAUCUACCUGACUCUGGCGAUGGUGUUCCGCCGCUUCGACGUCGAGCUGUACGAAACCACGGCGCGAGACGCCGAGAUCGCGCAUGACUUCUUCAUUCCCCAUGGCCACAAGGACUCGAAGGGAGUAAGGAUUGUUUUGAGAUAG